AUGGCGUCUGUCUUUACAGACUUCAAGGAAGGCCAGCAGAACGGGUCUGGUCCUCGUUUGGCAGCAGCUCUUACGCCCAUCGCAACCUCCGAAAGCCCCGAUCGCUUGCUGUCAUUCUACAACUUCUCUGACUCCGACCAUAUUUCCGCAGAUCUGCGCUAUUCACUUUUUCAAGCGAACGGCGUGAAGCUCCCAAAGCAAGAGCAGAAUGGCUGGGUUGACAUCUUCGCAGCGUAUUGGAAGGCUGUAGGAGAGAUCGUCAAGUUCGAGGAGUACAACCCGUCAGCCAGCUGGGCCAAGGUCUUUGAUGCUUGGAAAAAUGUGGCAAAUACUCUCAUCAGAGGCUACACGAACUUCGGGCUUCAAGCAUGGACGGUCCCGUGUCUCUAUGUGGUGGGGAAAUACUUGAGGGUGUUUGCGAUCAAAGCAGAUGCUGAGAUUUCCUCUAAAGGAGCCAUGGCUUUUGGUGACCAGUUCCAAGAUGAUGUCGCGGCGGAUUUCGAGAAGAGCGCGAAGCUCGAGGAGGCUGCGCGGAUAAUCAAUCGGAUGUUUACUCUUUGUCUGAGCGACAGGGCACCAAUUGAAGAAUCCCGGAAAUGGGGUAUCUACAACACCACAAAUCUUCUGUUCAAGACAUACUUCAAACUCAACUCAGUCGGACUCUCGAAGAACCUCCUUCGCGCUCUUAGCGCUUCAUCCGCCGAUCUUCCUGAGCUGGAAGCUUUCCCUAAGUCCCACAUAGUCACAUUCAAGUACUAUGUCGGUGUUAUUCACUUUCUAGAUGAGAACUACCGGGAGGCGGAAGAACACCUAGCAUAUGCGUGGAACAUGUGCCACAAGGGCGCAUUCAAAAAUCGAGAGCUGAUCCUCACAUAUCUUGUCCCCUGCCACCUCGUCACAACCCACACUCUACCAUCCCAAAAACUUCUCGCGCCCUUUCCCAGAUUGGAGAAACUAUUCCGCCCCUUGUGCGAUUGCAUACGAAAGGGAGAUUUGGUUGGAUUUGACACAGCCAUGUCCGCCGGAGAAGAGGAAUUCGUCAAGAGACGCAUCUAUCUGCCGCUGGAAAGAGGACGCGAUAUUGCUCUGCGAAAUUUAUUCCGGAAGGUUUUUAUUGCUGGAGGGUUCGAGGAAUCCAAGGAUGGCCAGCCUCCCAUCCGCCGAACUCGUGUUCCUGUUGCCGAGUUCGCAGCAGCGCUGAGGAUCGGCACACAUGCGGAUGACAGGUCUCGCGUAGACAUUGAUGAGGUUGAAUGUCUACUAUCUAACCUGAUAUACAAGGGACUUAUGAAGGGUUACAUUGCCCGGGAGCGAGGCAUGGUCGUGUUGAGCAAAGGAGGUACCGCCUUUCCAGGAACCGGCGUCUAA